UCUUGUAUUAAUAGAAACGAUCUAAAGAAACAGCCGUUAUUUGGUGUGAACGUUGCAAGUGCUGGUUGCAUACACUGAGAUUUUCAUCGUAUAAUAUUAAAGCAGUUAGUCUAGAGUCUAGAUCUAAUCUCUAUAAUAUAUUAAGAAUGUCAGCGGCAGAAUUAGCACCUGGAAAAUGGGACUUUGAAAAGUCCGAAAAUUUUGAUGAAUACAUGAAAGCACUUGGUGUUGGCAUGGCCAUGCGUCUGAUUGGCUCUAAGGCAAGGCCUAGUCAAGAAAUUUCAAUCGUUGAUGACUUGUGGACAAUCAAAACCAGCACUCCCCUAAAGAACACACAAAUCCAAUUUAAACUUGACGUCCCUUUUGAGGAACAGACAGCUGACGGGCGAAAAGUCAAGACAACUUGCUCAGUGAGUGGCAACAAAUUGAUUCAGGAACAAAAAGGUGACAUCUCCAGUACUAUCAUUAGAGAAUUCAGCAAGGAGAAUUUUGUUAUGACUCUGAAAGCUGUGGAUGUAGUAUGUACCAGGUACUACAAGAAAAGUCAAUAAAAGCUUCACAUCAUCAAUGCCUCUAUUACUUUAUUUACACUUAGUUUGUAUUUAUUUUAUCCAUUGUUUUUUUAAUGAAGAAAGGUUAUUUUAAAAAAUGCCAUUGUUACAUGACAUACUGAAGUUAUUGUUUAGGAAACUUUGUGUAGCUAAUUGUAUAACUAAGGUCAUCUUGCUGUUAUCUUCAGAUAAUAAGAGCUCUGGGUUGAUUCUUUAAUCAGUACUUUCUAGAGCUAAGUACUCUCCUCUUUGAUUAUUUAAUCAGUACUUUCUUUGAUUGCCACUGCCCUUCAUUGUCUAAUUAAAACUAAUGGCCACUCUGUUUACAGUGAAAACAAUUCUCUCAACUUUUCUUACAAGAUUUUUUUAGAUUUACAAAUGUUUUUGAUUUGUUGAUUUUAUUUUUUAUGUUAUCUGGUUGUUUUUAUCUUUUUAUCUGUUAUUGUUGAAUUUUUAUGUUAAUGGCUAAUUUUAUUCCUUUAUCUGUCUACACAUGUUUUUAAAAAAUCCAUUCACACUACUAUUUAUGGAAAAGAUUGUAAUGUAUUUUAAAGGUUAAUACUCUAUCCUGUACCUACCAAUUGAUUGAUUGGAUGUUCACUAUUUUGUUCAACGCCUCCUUGGCCAGUAUGAGAUUACAACUGUUUGAAUUGGGUUGACAGAUAUUAUUUUUUGUCUAGUAGUCGUUGUGUUCCAACAAGACUUGUUUGUGUUGAUGAUUUAUGCUUGUUAACAACUAAGAUUGAAGUUUUUUGGGCUGUAACUUUUAAUUGGACUGUAAGGUGGAGUUCAAUUGCCUUAGAUUUACUGUCAGCCAUAAAACACUGAUAAAGGAUUGUAUCACACAGUUUAGAUAGCUGUAGUACUGCAGAGUUCAUAGUUUAGUAUAGCUAGCUACAUAACCACCAGGUUUAAUAAAAUAUAUAGCUUGCUUGCUACAGUAUCAAAUUUGGUGAUAGCUGCACUCAGUACUGCUAUUGUUACAUUACAAGCAUCAGUAGUCUUGUAUUUGGUUGUGUUUUAUGGGAGGUAAUUUAAUCAUUUAUUUGUUAUCCAACAUUACUUGGUUAACUUUCUAGCUGCAUUAGUUUAUUAUACUAGAUGGUUGUUGGAAAUGUCACCAUGUCUUAUACACAAUGGGUGGGACAGAUUUGAAAUAAAAGACUUUGUACCCUGCCUAGAAACACUUAAGUUACUGUGCCAUUUCAGCUUUUUCUUAUUUCUUGACUUCGGAUCACUCUGUCAUUAAUUGUAAACAAUUGUUGCUCUUUUCUUUUGAUCACUUGUUUAACUUAUAUCUUAUUGUAGUCACUUAAUCUAAUCAUUUUAUCCAAUCACUUUAUCCAAUCACUCAACUAUUGUAGUCACUUUAUCCAAUCACUUUAUCCAGUCACUCAACUAUUGCCUAAACUGAGCUUGUUAGUUAUCAAAAGUUUGUUUUAAGACAUGUUUGAAAUGAGUUUCUGUUAGUGUAACAUCUGUACAUGUAUGUACACAAUGUUGUAACAUUUGUACAUGUAUGUACACAGUGUUGUAACAUCUGUACAUGUAUGUACACAGUGUUGUAACAUCUGUACAUGUAUGUACACAGUGUUGUAACAUCUGUACAUGUAUGUACACAGUGUUGUAACAUCUGUACAUGUAUGUACCCAGUGUUGUAACAUCUGUCCAUGUAUGUACACAGUGUUGUAACAUCUGUCCAUGUAUGUACACAGUGUUGUAACAUCUGUCCAUGUAUGUACACAGUGUUGUAACAUCUGUCCAUGUAUGUACACAGUGUUGUAACAUCUGUCCAUGUAUGUACACAGUGUUGUAACAUCUGUCCAUGUAUGUACACAGUGUUGUAACAUCUGUACAUGUAUGUACACAGUGUUGUAACAUCUGUCCAUGUAUGUACACAGUGUUGUAACAUCUGUCCAUGUAUGUACACAGUGUUGUAACAACUGUACAUGUAUGUACCUUGUGGCUUCAGGUUGUGUUUGAACUCUACUCCUCUAUCUCUGAUAUUUGAAGAACUGCUGACUCUAUCAGGUGCACCAACUUUAGCCAUCACAACCUUAUUAUGCCAAAGUGUUUGAUCUAAAGCCACAUAAUCUGACAACACCCUCUAACACAGGGACCAGAAUUUUGCCAUGUUAAGUUGCCUGUCACCAAUGCAGAAAAUCCAUAUUUUUUUAAUCUGUUUACACAGAGUCUGUUUUGAUUCCAUUUUUUGAUACAACAAUUGUUAAAUGCUUGAAGAAAUAUCAAAGUAGGACAUUUUUUUUGUAUUGUGCCUUUGAUGUAGUCUGCCAUUGUUUGCAUGCUGUCUAGAUAUGUUGUCAAGAUUCAUCUGCUUGUUGCAUGCUGUCAAGAUUUGUCUGUUUGUUGCAUGCUGUCAAGAUUUGUCGUCAAGAUUUGUCUGUUUGUUGCAUGCUGACAAGAUUUGUUGUCAAGAUUUGUCUGUCUGUUGCAUGCUGUCAAGAUUUGUCUGUUUGUUGCAUUCUGUCAAGAUUUGUUGUCAAGAUUUGUCUGUUUGUUGCAUGCUGUCAAGAUUUGUCGUCAAGAUUUGUCUGUUUGUCAAACUUGUAGUUUUUGCUUGGACCAAAGAUUUUUCACCAUCUUACACUCUCUCUUGUCACUGUUUAAGUAUUGAUGUUUUUUUUAGUGGUAUUGUUGGGAAUGUUCCAACUUUUUACUUACAACUUUUACUACAUGCUGAUUUUAAAGCAUUACAUUACACUUACAGAGAAUUGAAUACUAUUUAUUUACAUUAUAUUUAAAGUUUUAAACCUAGAUGUUAUGAAAAUAUUGAUUUGAUUACAGCAUACAGUUAUGUUAACCUUGACAUUGCAUUCAGCCUACAAUGUUCACAGUUUAGUACAAGUAAUAUUUUCACUAUUGUUUUCCAAUUGUUAGAAGUGAAUCUGUUCUUUAUUGUAUGGUUCACUCAACCUUUAGAAAUUACAGAUUUUACUGUCAACAUCUUAAAAUAUGUGUCACUGAGUAAAAUAUAAUAUUAAAACUGGAUGCUUACACUCA